GAAUUCCCUCAGGAGCCGCGGGGCCACGUUUUACCGCCUUUUCUCGAUGGUUCUGGAAAGUGCUCAGCCUCCCUUAUUUUUGGCCUUUUAAUUCUUCAAUUAAUACUCAGCGUCCAUUGGGGAGGAUGGUUAGGCUUUCCUCUGAAGAAGGAGGGUGUCUUUGGUUGAGUAGCGCUUGUGAGGAAAUGUGCCUCUGAGCAUGUGGAGAGUUCGCCUUUUCCCGCCCUUUUUAAUGCACUGGGGUCGAAAUUAAGGCAGGAAUUCCCACAGACUUUAAUAGAGUUGGUUCUGUGGGAAGAGGUAUUUUAUUUGGUCCCUGUUGGUAGCUCUCAGGACGGCCAAAUUAGUAUUAUUUUUAUCCUGCCUUUUUUCCCUUAAAAGGUGGCCAGUAAAAUGAGCUUGAAGAUAACAGGGAAAAAAAUUAAAACGUUUAAAAUUGAAAGCUGUUUUCAUAACUUUUGGGCUUUAAAAGGCUUGGCGAAAUACAGGCUGAAAUGUUGCUAGCUCAGUGGAAAUCCCAACAGACCUUUAUAUAGUUAAUUCUCUGGAACGGAGUAUCGUAUUUGGCCCCUGUUGGUAGCUCUCAGGAUGGCCAAUGUUUAUUUUAUUUAAAAUAUUUCUACCCCAUUUUUCUCCUUUAAAAAAGGACCCAACGCCACCAAUAAAAUUGACCAUCAAAAACAGGAAAAAUAUGUAAAAUGUUUAAAAUUAAAAGCUGCUUUCAUAGUUUCUGGGCCUCAAGACUUGAGAAAGUACAGGUUAAAAUGUAGCUGCCCUGUGAAGAACCCCUGGCUGUAUGCAGGCUCUUUUGGACUAUAUUAUCUAUAAUCCCCAGUCUAGCUGUGUUAUGUGAAACUGAAGUUUCAACCUAUAGACCAUGAAAGAAGCAGGACUGUUCUUUCCUGUGAGCUGGCUAAAAGGGGCAGCAAGAUGGGAGAAUGGCAAAGGACCUUUGUACAAAAUUUGGCUGUCCCGCCGCACAACCAGAGGAGACGAAAAUUGUCACCCCAAGAAUCAACAGCAUUUCAGUGUGUCCUGAAGCAGGUGGAGGGGAAUAUCUUGAAGCAGAGAGCAUUGGACAAUAUGAUGGAUGUAGAAUUUCAGCUGCGCCUUUCUUUCUUCGAUGCUGCCUAUUGUCAUUUCUUUGGGAAGAUGUGGAGUAGUGCCCCAAAGCCCCUCAGAACUGCACCAGGGCAUCCUCCUGCUGUGGUCUUUGGUGAGACUGUUUAUUUCCACACAUCUUUGGACCAUCCCAGCAUUGUUGUGAUUAUAGAGAUCGUUGCAAAAGCCCAAAGACGGGACGGCACCCCACAGGACCUCUCAUGUGGUUUUGGGGUGCUUCGUUUGUUUGACAGCAAAUCUGAUCCAGCAAAAUUGGGCUUGAAGGAAAAAGGGCUCAGUCUGUAUCAUGGGACUCCACGAGCCCUCUUGCAUCCACUGCUUCAGGAUCCAAUAGAAAAGAACAAGUACUUGAUUGUGGUGGACGGCAGUCACCUGCAGUGCACCUUGCAACCACACCCACCCUUGGAGGCUGUGUAUCACCUCCUCCCUGAGAACAUCCCUGUGUCCAGCCUGCAGAGAAUCCCUGGGGUCAUAGCAGCACAUGAAGAGGAUCCCUUGCAGAAGCCACGACUCAUGAAGACCGUGACAUGCUACUUGGAGAAGCUUUCCAUCCACCUGUACCCUUCGCUGGAGAAGUUUGAGGAGGAGCUGUUGGACUUGCUCAUGAGUGAUGAGGGUAAUUCCGUGCUGGAUAGGAACACCCUCAUGGUGCAGGAACGAAGGCUACACAUUGGGGUGCACAAUGGUUUCUGUUUUGUGCAGCCCCCACAGGUGGUAGUGGUGGUACCAGAGGCUAAGGUGGCUCAGGGACACACGGGGAGCAGGCGCAGGAAACAUGGAGCUCCUGUUAAACCAAGCUCAGAGGGGCAGGCACUUGUCCUACGAAGCCACAUCCACUUGACGGAGAUGGUCCCUCACCCAGCCUUUGGAGUGGUCUUCUUGCUGGAGUACGUCUUCUCCGUGGCUAGUGGGCCAGAUGGGAAGACACCAUCAGUUACAUCUCUGACAACGCCAGCUUAUAUGCAUUCCGUUCGCUGGGUGGUUUGGAACCCAGGGCUGGUGGCAGGUUCCGUGGAUGUGGUCCUUCCAUUGCAAGGAGGAGCCCAACAUAAUCCCUACCAUGUUCUGGUCUACAAGACACCCCCAGCCACCAUGAGCUCCGAAGAGGUCAAGCAGGUGGAGUCUGGGACCAUCCAGUUUCACUUCUCCGCCGACUCUGAUGAACGACUGGGGACUACUGCAAAAUCCUCUGGCAACAUCAAAGAUGAGCCACCUCUCUCCAAGACGAAGAGGCCUCCCAAAUCCUCCCCGGGUUCUCCACCGCCUUCUGAGAUGCUAGUUUUCACUCAGGAUUAUUCCCAAGGUCCUGGGUUGUCAAUAUCCCAGCUCUCUGUGUCUCCUGGGCACCAAGCCUCCAAACCCCCAUUGCAGCCGUUGAGUGGUGCUUCGCUGUUCCAGUCCUCGGAAGCUCUCCGGCGGACACGUCAAGAGGAGAGUCCACGUGGUGGCAUCACUCACCUGGAGUCUGAUCUCAGCCAGAGCUCUCUGGCUCAAGAACCCUCCCCUGCAGACCUUCUUCAGGAGCUGCCAUUCACACCUGUCCAUGUUCCCCUUAUCACCCUGGGAACACACUCAGGAAGCCAUAGCAGUGUUCUGACGCGGGCCUCCCUGGCCCGCCUGCAUGCCUCUGGGUUCCCUCCACUCCUGGACUGCAACAAGGAACCUGCCCAGCUGGUGGACCCGGAAGAUCCUGUGGACUACCAACCACAGCAGGAGGAAGCCGACCUCUUGCAGAACAAUGAGAUCAUCUUCCAGUUCCUUGCAUUUACCAGACAGCACAACCAGGACAGCAUCGCUGAGACGGGGCUGAAAACCAUCUAUUUCACCUUCCAGUUUUACCGCUUCCCUCCCGUCACAACGCCACGGUUGCAGCUGGUGAAAAUGGAUGUCUCAGGGAAAACUCCUGCGGUCACCUCUUCCCAUCUCUUGGCCCAGAUUAACCAAGAUGGAACCUUCGACCUCAGCUCACCAGGCUUCCAGCUGAGGUAUAUGGUGGAUCCUGGGUUUCUCAAACCAGGUGAGCAACGGUGGUUUAUCCGUUACCUGGCCGAGCACGCUCUGCAAAUAGAUGCCUGGGACGGGGACUCCUUGCUCCUUGUUGGAUCUGCAACUGUGAAACUGAAGCACUUACUCCGCCAGGGCCGGACAGCUGUUCAAGUCCACCACGAGCUGGAGGUGGUCACCAUGGAAUACAAGCAGGACACCCCAGUGAUGAGUGGGGAGAUUUUCCAGCUUGGGUACGUGAAGCCCAUUGGAGUCCAUGCUGUUGUGAGAGGCUGGCUUCACCUGAGCCUGGCUAAUAUUGGCCACCUCUGUGAACAAAGGCUGAAAAAACCACACUCAUUGCCACCUUCCCGCUCCCGAGUCAUCUCCUCGCAUGAUGGAAACAGUGGCUUCCAUGGGGGCAGCCUGCUCUCCAUCAACACUUACAGUGCUGGAAAUGUGUGCCAAGCACAAAAACUGGCGGAUGUAGACAGUGAGUUAGCAGCCAUGCUUUUCUCCCGCUUGCGUGAAGUCAGUGCAGCCUUUCAGCACACCAGCCGCGAGGCCAGCAUCACCCGGAGGCGGAAGUUGGAGAGGAUGAUGUCGGUACGAAGACAGGAGUCUCAGGAGGGUGAUUGUGGGAAGAAAGCCAGCCUCAUCUUGGGGCGACAUGAAGCACGUGUUCAGCAUGCAAGGGAUCUGCAGCUCAUUGAUGCCUACCGGGAGCGGCUCAAAGCAGAGAGGAUUGCUAGCAUGCUUAGUCGGGCCAUCACCACACAUCACACCCUCUACGCCUCAUUUGGCACAGCCGAGUUCUUCGAGUUUUCCCUGAAAAACCCACACAACGUCCAGCACACCGUCACCAUCCAGAUCGACAACCCAGAGCUCAGCGUCCUUGUGGACACCUGUGAAUGGAGGUAUUUUAAGGAACUGACACAAACCACCACCCCACUGGAGGAGGACAUGUUUCACCUUCAGGACAACCUCACCCCUCAGGUCUACCUGCGCCCCAAAGAGUCCGUUCACAUCCCUUUCAAAUACCAGGGCUUCUCCGUGGAGUCCGCUGCUGUGAUGCAGCAAGGUCCCACUGAGCUGACAUUCAGCGAAGGCAAGAAGGACACGGCGGCCCCCUGGAAGUCUGGCUGCAUGCAGACAAAACACAUCAAGGUCUCCUUCACCGUGGCUGGUGGCAAGCCCAUUGCUCUCCUCUCCGUGCACGUGGAAUACCAGCCUCACCUGGUAGAUCAGACUUUCCGAUUCUACCACCCAGAGCUCACCUUCCUGAAGAAAUCCAUUCGUUUGCCACCAUGUCAUACACUUCCAGGGGCUCCUGUGGGCAUGCCUGGAAGAGAACCGGAGAUAUUUGUGCGCUGCAGUGAUCCCAACAUCCUCUGCGAAACCAAGAAAAUGGGGCCUGGAGAGCCACAGGACGUCUUUCUGAAAGUCGCCGGCGGUCCCAGUCCUCAGAUCAAGAGAUUCUUCCUGGCAAUUUACACGGAGACCUGGAUGGCAUCCCCCGCCCAGAUCUGGCAGUUCUACCUCCAUUCUUUGCAGCGCGUGGACGUUAGCUGUGUCACAGGGCAGCUGACGCGCCUCGCACUGGUGCUCAGGGGGACUCAAGCCAUCAGGAAGGUGAAAGCCUAUACCUCGCAUCCCCAGGAGCUGCAGGUGGAUCCGGAAGGUAUCUUCGUUCUCCCUGCCAAUGGGGUGCAAGAUUUGCACCUUGCAAUAAGGCCCCACAGCGCUGGCAGCCGGUUCAUCUACCUCAACCUGGUGGACGUUGAGUACCAUCAACUAGUUUCUUCUUGGUUGGUGUGCUUGUCCUCUCGGCAGCCUCUCAUCUCCAAGGCUUUUGAAAUCGUGCUUCCUGCUGGGGGAGGGAGAGGCUCAAACAAGAAGAUUGCCUACACCAACCCCUACCCAUCCCGGAGGGUGUACGUCCUGCACACCAACCGGCCAGACUUGCUGCAGUUCAAGGAGGACUCUUUUGAGAUCGGCAGAGGUGAGACUUACACCAUCGGCUUGCGUUUUGCCCCAAGCCAGAGUGCUGGUGAGGAGGAAAUUCUGAUUUAUAUCAAUGAUCACGAAGACAAGAAUGAAGAGACGUUCUGCGUGAAGGUCACCUAUAAGUAACCGUGUGUGCCCUUGCCUGCGUUUUUUUCCCUGCCUCUCUCCCACCAUCCAUCAAAUGGAAUGCUCCUGUCGUGGCUCCCCGUAGCCCUCAUGCCCCUUAAUUGUCCCCUGAGCACACAUUUGCAAAGAGGCCUCGGUAUCCUUGGACUUGGUGUGUGUGUGUGUGUGUGUGUGAGAGAGAGAGAGAGAGAGAAUGUGUGUGUGU